GUAAAGUACUAAACCUUCUCUCAUGGGAACUCCUCAAAAACCCUAAUUUCGCCUGUCAUAAUUCCGUCCCAGUCCCAUCUCGAAUACUCCAAAAGCACGACAAGCAGCGCCGACGCCGAAGCACAAGGAGGAGAAGAAGGAUCAGAGGCGCGACAACAAUGGCGACAGGGAAAACGGUGAAGGAUGUCUCUCCGCACGAGUUCGUCAAGGCUUACGCUGCUCAUCUCAAGCGCUCCGGCAAGAUUGAGCUGCCUUCGUGGACAGACAUCGUCAAGACUGGUAAACUUAAGGAGCUUGCUCCAUAUGACCCUGACUGGUACUACAUCAGAGCCGCUUCCAUGGCAAGGAAAGUAUACCUAAGGGGUGGUCUUGGAGUGGGUGCCUUCCGUAGGAUCUAUGGAGGAAGCAAGAGAAACGGAAGCCGUCCACCUCAUUUCUGCAAGAGCAGUGGUGGUGUUGCUCGUCACAUUCUUCAGCAACUCCAGACUAUGAACAUUGUCGACAUUGACACUAAAGGAGGGAGGAAGAUCACAUCAAGUGGUCAGAGGGAUCUUGACCAAGUCGCAGGAAGGAUCGCAGCUGCCAUCUAAAUCAAAUCACGAGGACAGAGUGUCAACGUGGAGGUUUCUGCUUGAGAGUAGUCAUGGAAUGAGUUGCAUUUGAAACUAGAAGUCGAAUUCCUUCUCAUUUUUGUUUUUGAUGAGUUUUUCUCUUUUGCUCCUCUUUUAUUCUCAGCGACUAAAGGCAAUAUAUUUGAUAUUAUUCUCUUUGACCUCGUUUUCUGUUCAUUUCAUGCACUUUAGUUAUAAAACUGUGACCAGUUUGCUUAAGUCUAUGUUGUGAUACUUUCAGUAUUUGCAAAAUUGUUUUUUCUUA